AUGCGCGCAGUUGUUUACCAUGGCACGCCUUUCGAAAUGAUGGUUCAAGAUGUCGCCAAGCCAGCCAUCCUGAAAGAGACGGAUGUCGUUGUGCGGGUGACCACCGCGGCCGUAUGCGGAUCCGACUUGCACAUCUACCGCGGCUACAUGGGCGGUGCGGUGCCGUGGGCCAUGGGCCACGAGGCCGUCGGCUACAUCUCGGAGAUCGGCGAUGCCGUGUCCUCCUUCGCCGUUGGGGACUAUGUCAUCAUCCCCGACACCGUGUCUGAGGAUCAUCUGGAGAUGGAUCCGAGGUCGAAGGAAUACUUCGGCUUCGGGAAUAGUGAGAUGGGUCUAGGCGGUCUGCAAGGUACGAAUAGGCCUGCACCAUAUGCAUCCUGGGCAUGCCAAAGAGAGGUUCGCUGA